AUCAGCAGCCUGCAUGGAUCACAGCUUCGCUCCCACUCCUCCUGAGACACAGCCACAGGGAGCCGCCUUCUCCCACAGCCACAUGCUGGGGCACCCUGCCCGCCCCUCCAGGCUCUCCGGGGGUGUGUCCCCGCUCCUUCCAGUCCACAGGAAGACCAUCUAUCUGGAUGCCUUUCCCAAAAGCCACAUCCCCCAGACCUCUGGCCGCCCCGGCCCCGCAGCCAGGGCCUGGAGUAUGCCCCUGCAGGAGACUUGCAGUGUCCCAGGGACCUCCCCGAGCCCCCUGACUGCCAACAGCGUCGCGCCCAGGAAGCUGAGCUCCAUUUCCCUGAAGAUCUCUCAGAGUAGUCACCCCAGUCCCCUCCUUUCUCACUGCGAGGAGUUGCCCACCCUGGGCAAGGAGGCUACCAUGCAGGCAGGAGGCAGGUUGGCCCACUCGCCACCUUUGAACCUGCCGCCAGGGGGCGCCAUGCAUUCGGAGGGGCCUGGGAACCCUGGGCUGGCCAAGCCCAGCAGGAUGCCCACUGUACCCAGCAGGAUGCCCGCUGUUAGAAAGCCACUGGUGUGCUCCUGCCUGGCCUUGCCUUUCCAGAGCCAGUUGACCCAAAGUUCAGCAAGCUUUGUCAGGCCGGGCCAGGAGGGGCCGGGGCACACCAGGACUUCCCUGGGGAGAGGGAAGUCCCGCUCCAGUGGUCUCCCCAGACCACAGAGAGGUCCCCAAAGGGCCAGUCCUGUGCUGAGUUUGUCUUCCCAGGACACAACCAAGGCAGAUGUAUCCAGACAGUUAGCGGCCAUGGCCAGAACCAGGCCUAGCUUGAACAUCAGUUUGGUUGCCCAAAACACAUCCAGACGGGACACGGGUAUCCCUGCUCUGGAUACCAAUCUGGGCAAAGCCACGAACUUGGCCUCAGCAGGCAAAGCCAAGCCAGGCAUCGGCCUGAAUUUGAUCACAGUGCAGACCCCCAAGCCGAGCAAGAUCAUGGACUUGAGGACGGCAGCCCCAGACAAGCUGGGCAGAGGCACAGCAACUACAGCCAUGGCCAAGCCAGACCUGGCCACAAGGGACAUAUCCAUGGAUUUGGACACACUGGAUCUAAACAAGCUGGCACCAAGCACAGCGACAGGGGACAUAGCCAGGUUGGGGACACCUAUGGCUUUGGCCAGAGCAAAUAUAGCCAAGGUGGACCUAGCUCAGGAAUCCCCCACUUGGAACACAAGCAAGCCCAGCCCAGCCAUGAGCUCUGUCGUCCCAGGGUCCCCAGAGCCACCCUGCGGGGAGACCACACUGGAUGAUGUUGAUAACCUGCCCCCAUGGGACAUGGCUACCUACCCACCAACGCCAAGAAGCAGCGUGACCCCAGAACAUGGCACAGUGGCAUUUGCCACACAGGAACUGGCCAGAGCAUACAAAGGGCUCCCCGAGACCAGGACGGACGCAGCCAUGUCAGAGCUGGUGCCCGAGCCCAGGCCUAAGCCGGCAGUGCCCAUGAAGCCUGUCAGCAUCAACUCCAACCUGCUGGGUUACAUCGGCAUUGACACCAUCAUCGAGCAGAUGCGCAAGAAGACCAUGAAGACCGGUUUCGACUUCAACAUCAUGGUCGUGGGCCAGAGUGGACUUGGCAAGUCGACGCUGGUCAACACGCUCUUCAAGUCUCAAGUGAGCCGCAAGGCCUCCAGCUGGAGCCGGGAGGAGAAGAUCCCCAAGACGGUGGAGAUCAAAGCCAUCGGGCAUGGCCCUUGGGAUGAGGGGGCCUUUUCCCUGAACUCCCCAGUGAUAGAGGAAGGCGGGGUCAAGAUGAAGCUGACGGUCAUCGACACACCGGGCUUUGGAGACCAAAUCAACAAUGAGAACUGCUGGGAACCUAUUGAGAAGUACAUCAACGAGCAGUACGAGAAGUUUCUGAAGGAGGAGGUCAACAUUGCCAGGAAGAAGCGCAUCCCCGACACUCGUGUCCACUGCUGCCUCUACUUCAUUUCGCCCACGGGACACUCCUUGCGACCUCUGGACCUGGAGUUCAUGAAGCACCUCAGCAAGGUGGUGAACAUCAUCCCAGUGAUCGCCAAGGCCGACACCAUGACGCUGGACGAGAAGUCAGAAUUCAAGCAAAGGGUCCGUAAGGAGCUCGAAGUCCACGGCAUCGAAUUCUAUCCCCAGAAGGAAUUUGAUGAGGACCUGGAGGACAAGACAGAGAAUGACAAAAUCCGGCAGGAGAGCAUGCCUUUCGCUGUGGUGGGGAGUGACAAGGAGUACCAAGUAAAUGGCAAGAGGGUCCUUGGCAGGAAAACCCCCUGGGGCAUCAUCGAAGUGGAAAACCUGCACCACUGUGAGUUUGCCCUGCUCCGAGACUUUGUCAUCAGAACUCACCUCCAGGACCUCAAGGAAGUGACGCACAACAUCCACUAUGAGACUUACAGGGCCAAGCGGCUCAAUGACAAUGGAGGCCUCCCCCCGGGAGAAGGCCUCCUGGGCACUGUCCUUCCACCUGUGCCGGCCACCCCCUGCCCCACUGCUGAAUGAAGGCCAUUUCAAGCGCUGCUUCUCCCUCCAUUCAUCCCAGCUGUAAUUGCUGCAGGCCCUCUUUAGUGCUUGUCACGCCCACCCCCA